GAUUCCUAGAAUUAAAUUAAUUCAUAUUUCAUAAACAAUUUCACUAACUAGUUAUUAACGGCGUCAUAUAUUUUUAAGGACUUUUAGAACAUUAGCAUACAUAUUUUAUCUAUGUAAGAGUUACCAUUGCAGAUAAAUCACUAUUAGUCCGAAUUCUCAGUGCUUGAAACCUUCUACAAAUCCCUUGUCAUGGAAACAACUGUUAGAAUUAGAUAGAUGACCAAGGAAAACAAGCGGUUUUUGGGUGAAUACAAUGUGUUCAAGGGCGGUCACAUCGUUUUUUAGCCAGUGGAGGCUUUGGAUUCGACCUUUAUUUAUUACCAGUUAUGUUAUACUCGUGAUAGUAUUAGUGCCACUGGUAAUAAUUCAUUCGCUUCAAAAUGGCUUCACAAAGUCUGACCAAGGCACCCUUAUUGCUGGUGGGUUUGUUCUUUUGGCGGUGCCGAUAUCUAUAUGGCAGAUCACUCAACAUAUCGUACAUUACACAAAGCCAUCACUUCAAAAACACAUUAUUAGGAUAUUAUGGAUGGUCCCUAUUUAUGCCCUUAAUGCAUGGAUAGGUUUAGAAUUUCCUGAGCAAUCAAUUUACAUGGAUUCUCUGCGGGAGUGUUAUGAGGCUUAUGUCAUUUAUAACUUCAUGAAGUACCUGCUCAACUACCUCAAUGAGGACCAAGACUUGGAAGCUGUGUUAGAGACUAAGCCCCAAGUAAACCAUUUAUUUCCUCUAUGCUGUAUGGCACCGUGGGAAAUGGGACGUGAGUUUGUUCACAACUGUAAGCACGGUAUUCUCCAGUACACUCUAGUAAGGCCUUUGACCACUGUGAUAUCAAUGGUAUGCGACCUCUGUGGGGUUUAUGGGGAGAGCGACUUCAGCCCCAAUGUGGCUUUCCCAUACAUGAUAGCAAUAAACAAUCUCUCGCAGUUUGUGGCCAUGUACUGCCUGGUUCUGUUCUACCAGGCCAAUAAAACGGAAUUGAAACCAAUGAAACCGAUUGGAAAGUUCUUAUGUAUUAAAGCAGUAGUCUUCUUCUCUUUCUUCCAAGGAGUCAUUAUCAAUAUUUUGGUAUUCUGCGGAGUAAUAUCAACGAUAUUUGAUAUAGACAAGACUGACAAGGACAAGAUAAAAAUCAUAUCUUCCAAACUUCAGGACUUUCUCAUAUGUAUAGAGAUGUUCCUGGCUGCGAUCGCGCACCACUACAGCUUCUCGUAUCGGCCGUUCAUGACGUCACACGACGAUUCGACUUCCUGCCUCGGGUCGUUCCUGGCCAUGUGGGAUGUUUCUGACGUCAAAAGGGACAUUUCUGAGCACCUUGGAGUAGUCGGGAGCUCGUUCAGCAGAAGACUGCGAGGUAAAUCCAUGUACCACAUGGCGAGGGGGUACGACGAGAGUACCAGACUUAUGACUGAGCCGGUACCUUCGAGCUCGGCUCCCAAUCUCACUAUAGAAGCAACGGAACCGCCCUCCGUGGAAGUUCGACCUUCUGUAUAUGGCUCCCUGGAGAAUACCAUGACCUCAGCGUCUAUGAACUCUGAAGCUGAGCCUUUGCUCGAUCACUCGGAUGAUAGGAAUGAUCCGGAAGUGUAAAUUCAUACUUACGGAAUGUUUUUUUAGGGCCUGUCUUAAAAUUUAAACAUUCUUGGAUAGAAGCAGGCGUUACUUUGCGGAAUUCCAUGAUAUAUUAGGAAUAUGAAGCUUAAUUGUCACUCUUAGAGUAUAGCAUACUCCGCGAAAAGCAGGAGAAUCUUUAAUUUGUAAUUUAUAAUUUCUAAAAUCUUUAUACUCCACACCAAAACAGAUCUUCGGC